AUGGCGGAUGAACACUGUGCAGACCGACCUGUGUUCACCCCAGCCAGACUGGUAGUGAAGCAUGAGCCUCCAGAUAGUGUAUUCAGCUUUAAUCACAUUGGGCCGAUGCUUGAGGGACAUCAGUACACUCUGCAGUGUACAGUACAGGACGUUGCUCCUGUUGAAAACCUCAUUGUGACGUUCUACAGAGGACAGACAGCGCUGGGUAAACCUCAGUCCAGCAUCAACACAGAGAAGAAACCAGUGACUGAGAUCUUCUCUUUAAACAUCACACCCAGUAAAGAAGAUGAUGGAGGCCAGUACUGGUGUGAAGCAAAGCUUGAACUGGGACCUGAAGGACCACAGCCCCCUCCAGUGGUGACGUCACAAAACAUCACUGCCGCCGUGUACUAUGAACCUCAGCUAGAAGGGUUCUAUCCUGGUCGGAUCACUGUCACAGAAGGAUAUCCUCUACAACUGAACUGCUCGGCUGUGGGAAACCCCAGCCCGUCAUACACCUGGAUGCUCCCGUCAGCCAACAUCAGCUCUUCUUCCCCCAAUGGCAGUGUUCUCUCUAUCAACUCUGUAACUUCUGAGGAUGAAGGGUGGUACGUCUGUUCUGUCAGUAACGACGUGGGGACUGUCACUGUGACGUUUGACGUGCUUGUCACAGAUAAACACUGUGCAGACCGACCUGUGUUCACUCCAGCCAGACUGGUAGUGAAGCAUGGUGACCCAACCUCUGCCGACUGCUCUGUAUGUCCUACAUGCAUUGACAUCCAAUAUGAUGUGGAGAGCCCUGUUGGAGACACAAAAAAAAGCGAAAACAAAAUUUCAUGGACAGUUCACAGAAUGACUGAAUGGCAACCAUCGAUACUUUGCUAUUAUACUCUCCCUCCUCAGGUCCAGUGUUGUAGCAAACUGAAUCUAACUGUGUACCAGCCUCCAGAUAGUGUGUCCUUCAACUUUAAUCACACUGGGCCGAUGCUUGAGGGACAUCAGUACACUCUGCAGUGUACAGUACAGGACGUUGCUCCUGUUGAAAACCUCAUUGUGACGUUCUACAGAGGACAGACAGCGCUGGGUAAACCUCAGUCCAGCAUCAACACAGAGAAGAAACCAGUGACUGAGAUCUUCUCUUUAAACAUCACAACCAGUAAAGAAGAUGAUGGAGGCCAGUACUGGUGUGAAGCAAAGCUUGAACUGGGACCUGAAGGACCACAGCCCCCUCCAGUGGUGACGUCACAAAAGAUCACUACCGCCGUGUACUAUAAGCCUCAACGAAUGUCAACAGAUUCAGAUAUUAUCACUGUCGCAGAAGGAAACUCUCUACAGCUGAACUGCUCGGCUGUCGGAAACCCCAGUCCCUCGUACACGUGGACGUCAGCUAACCCUUCCUACUUCAAAGGCAGCGUUCUCACUAUCAACUCUGUAACGUCUGCGCAUAAAGGGCAGUACAACUGUUCUGUCAGCAACCAUGUGGGGACUCUCACUGUGACGUUUAAUGUGGAUGUUGAAGUCAGCUACAUUGGAAUCAUUAUAGGUGUGAUUGCAGCAGUUGCUCUUCUGGUUUUCAUCGGUGUAGUAGUUUUAUACUCAUUUGUCUACAAAGCCAAUCGGAUGGGACAAUACAACCUGAAGGACGUUUUCCGUCGCGCAGACAACACUCUGUCGUGCCCUCUGUAGAGUAAGUCUGCAGCACGGCCUAAAAUGUGUAUGGGCUGUUUUUAUCCUUCAUUUCCUGUCAUGUCUCUACUGAAGCUAUCUAAUGACAUAAAAGCCCCCAAAUCAUAAAAAAAGAAGUUUAAGUCAAGUUCCAACUUGUGUAACCUAAACUGAACACUAGCUUACUGUCUUUUCAGAAGCUUAAUUUACUGUAAAACACAGUGUUAUACUUAAUGAGAUAUGUGUACAGCUCAGAACAGUUAAAACAUGUAUUAAAGUGAAUAGAAAAUAAACUAGUUAAAAUAGAACAUGAUGGACAUAAAAUAAAAGAUACAGUGUAGUGUAAGACAUGAACAAUUACUUCAUUUAAUAAAAGGCAGGGUCAAACAGAAAAGUCUCCAGCCUUUAUUUAAAAGAACUGAGGAUUGCAGCGCACUGCACUUUUUUGGGAGUUUGUUCCAGAUAUGUAAAAACUGAACGCUGCUUCUCCAUGUUUCUUGGGACAGAAAGCAGACCUAAUGACCGGGAAUGUCUAGGUGGGUCAUAAGAAGGCAGAGGAUGAAAAAACAAAGCAAACCAAUAAACAGUUUGGUAAUGGAAAUGGGAAACUAGAUUAAUGUCAACAGGUUAAUGUUAUGUGGUGUUUAGCCACAUUUGGCUGAAACAUCAAGUGUGGCUGUUUUACUGUUUCUCUCUGUUGUAUUGCAGUUGCGUUACUGCAAAGAACUUCAUAACUUUAUUCAGAGAUGUGUUGUAUAUAUAAA